CGUGGAGCCGGAUUUAAUAUCUAGCAAAUUCUUGCAAUUUUCUUUUCACCAGUACAGAUUUCGACUUUAUUUGUAAGAUGAAAGAAGCAGUACCAAAAGGCGAGACGGUGCUGCUGCAUUUCGCACGCGACAAAUUUGUCGCGGUAUUCGGUCGCAGCCCUGUUGCCGCUGCAGCCGCGCCCAGUCGCGUCAACCUCAUCGGUGAUCACAUCGACUAUUGCGAGGGAUUCGUAUUGCCUGUGGCUCUACCCUUCCUGACGGUUAUAGCAGGUGGAUACAAUAACACCGGGCAAUGUAACGUGAUGUCAGUGCUGGAAAAUGGAGAUGAGGUGAAGACAAGUUUCCCUGCGACAACACACACGACGCAGUUGAAGCCAGGGGAACCUGCCUGGGCUAACUAUAUUAAGGGUGUCCUCGCUAAUUUCCCAAGUGAGGUAAAUGGUUUCGACGCAGUAAUUGUGGCAGAUGUGCCGAUGGGGGCUGGUUUAUCCAGCAGCGCCUCAAUCGAGGUCGCCAUGUUCACUUUCCUGGAAGCCCUUACCGGCAAGCAUUUCGACCCUGUGACCAAGGCGAAGCUGUGUCAGAAAGCAGAACACGAGUUCCCCGGCAUGCCAUGCGGAAUUAUGGACCAGUACAUUUCAGCAAUGGGCCGAAAGGACCAUGCUCUCUUGAUAGACUGCAGAUCUCUAGAAUCCUUCCACAUACCAAUGGACAUUGGAGAGGCGGUGGUCCUGGUGACCAACUCCAAUGUGAAACAUAAACUCACAGGCAGCGAAUAUCCACAGCGACGUGCGCAUUGCGAGGAGGCAACUAAAAUGCUGGGUCUGUCCUCUUUGAGGGACGCUACACCUGGACAUUUAGAAGAACUGGAAAAACUAAAAGCUGACAAGCUAGUUAUCAUGAGAACGAAACAUGUAAUUAAUGAAAUUAGUUGGACCGAAAAAGUUUCAAAGGCUUUGGCUGCACAGGAUUUGGCUCUCGUAGGCGAACUGUUCUAUAAGUCGCACGACUCGCUGAGCAAGUUGAUGGAGGUGUCAUGUCCUGAGUCGGACCAGAUAGUGGAGGUGUUGAAGACGUGCACCGGAGUUUACGGUGCUAGGAUGACUGGCGGGGGAUUCGGCGGGUGCGUCGUGUCUUUGGUAAAUAAAAAACAUGUAGAAGAAGUGAAAAAGAACAUCAUGUCGCACUAUAAAGGUAAUCCAACAUUCUUCAUCUGUCAGCCAAGUGACGGCGCAAGGAUUUUGAAACUAUAAGACAAAAUGUCUUUCGCAAUCCGGAUUGCGAUUAGUCAAUAGUUAUUGUUAGCUUAAAAAAUUGUGUGCAAUUUGAAUUUAUAAAUGUU